CAGAAUCCCAGUUGACCUCAAGCGCCGUGCUACUUUGGACAUCACACCCAACCAUCGAUCAAAAGAAAUGCCUCCACCAGUAGCACCGUCUUAUCCAGAAUCAGAAUCAGAAUCAGAAUCAGAAUCAGAAUCAGAAUCAGAAUCAGAAUCAGAAUCAGACGAUGUUUCUGACUCCGAGUCCGAGUCUUCCGAUGAUAGCAUUGACAAUGACCUUCUCAAAAUCGAAGACUUGUCAGAUUCAGCCAACGGCACCAUCUCACAUGUACUGGGCAGGCUCCCUGACAACCCCAAACGAAAAGCCGAAUGUGAUCAGGAUGGAGACUUCCCAUCAAGAUCCAAGAGGCUUUUAACUUCGGCUCACAAUGUCUCGUCUUCCUCAACCCCUGGCGCCUACACCAAUGGCUCCAUGCAUGCGCGCCAAAGCUUUGCGGCACCUUUCAUCGAACAACCCACACAGUUCCCAUGUUUCGACCUGUUGGAAAAGACAUUUCCCCAGCACAGACCCAUACAGAUGAGAACAUUUCCGUUCUUCCGCUGGCUAUGCCGACAACCCGUAAAAAGAAUCCCGGCUGUAAGCUUGCGUUGGAACAACAAAAAACCCCAAAACAUGCCCUCUUUCAUGAUGCAGGCUUGUGGCGAUGACUUGCCUCGCAAGCAGGCCUGCGAGCGGUGCGCCGAGAUGAAGGGGCCCUACAACGAAUGUGUCGUCAUCAACGAUGCCGAGUUCGGGAAAUACACUGGCGGGUCUUGUGCCAAUUGUUGGUAUGGGAAGCUUGGGUCAUCGUGUACGCUACGUACCGGAGUUACUAACAGCAGUGCCCAUCUAACAUCACCACCACCUCCAGCAUCGACAGCCACAGCAGCAAACCCACCGCUUCACCCCAGCUUUGCCGCUGCCGUGCAUGGUACCGAAACACCUGUUCUUCACCCUCGCUUCGCGACUAUUCUAGAAAGGAACAACCCCACCUCGCAAGCACCGCCGUCACAAGGCCAACCACCGGCAUUAUCGCCUGCUCUGUCCUCACUCGCUACUUCGGUGGCGAUCACGACAAACCUGGUUCAGCUGUGGGAGAACAGAUACCGCAACAUGACGCCUGAAAAGCUGAUCGAGGCCUAUGAACAUCUGCAGGAAAUGCAGCAGGACCUCAACACUAGGACUCAAGCAAUACACCGCGUCAUUUUGGGCGGGCUGAAGGAUGCGAUGAAUGUGAGUAAGCGGAAUGAGAGCAGUUCUACGGGAGAGAGUUGAGGGGGAAUGAGCUACGUUGUAUGAUGUAUUGUGUAAAGGAGACCAUAUCAGCUGAUGUAUGAUAUCGAUGAGACCGGUAUAAUUGCCACUGGAGUACGGAUAUGGAUAUUGCACACCAUCACCUGAGCCCAAGUAGUCGAACUGGGA